AUGAAGGUCGCUACCAUCGCUCUCUUCCUCCUCGGCACUGUCGCCGCUGCCCCCUCCGACAAGGGCACUGACAAGCCUGCCGGAUUGAACACCACCGCCGUCGUCAACAAGGCUUCCUGCAGCAUCGCUUGCAACUUUUGGUACUCCAAGUGCUACUACCGCCCCUGGGCCUACACCUGCGAUGACCGCGGUAACUUUGUCCGUCGCGGCUGGAACCCUGACUGCGACGAGCACUGCUGGUGCAAGUGCGACGCCAAGGCCUAA